UCUGACUUGGAAAGCAGGAAUGGAGAGAGAGGAGGCUGUUUUAAAGACUGCUCUCUUAUAACAGGAAGUAUCUGAACAGUGACUCACACACUACAGGGGGAGAGAGAGAGAGAGAGAGAGAGAGCAGGGAGGCUUUGUCCAUUGUGUUAUAACCAUGUAUCACUGAUGUGCAUGUGUGCUCCUCAUUACAUUCAUGGGUGUGAGGAGAUUUUUUUUUUCCUGAGCAUGUAAUAACGAGCGUCAGCAGUGACAAUAUGUGCACACCUUUUGGGAGUAUCAAAUUUUUCGCAUUUUUAACUAACCCUUUAUGUGUUCGGGGUGCCAUGUUGCAUAUAUGUUAGUGUGUGUGUGUAUGUGUGUGUGUUUGUGUAUGUGUGUAAGGAAGUCCACAUGCAUGGGUGUGGGGGGGUGUGUGUGUGUCUUUUUGUACGCCAGUAUCUCACAUUUCAAGAAUGCAUCACUGCAUUUUAGUAGGUGUGUGUGUGUGUGUGUGUGUGUGUGUAGAGGGGGCUAUCAGUGUCCUUUAAUGUGUGUGCUUCAUCUGAUCAUAUUUCAUCAGGGACACGAUGUCUUACUUAACAGCCCCUUAUAUGUUCAUCUGUGUGUGCAUGUAUUUAGCGACACGUCUUACGCUACACAUCUGCCAAUGCGUGUGUGUGCGUGUGUGCGUGCGUGCGCAUGCUCAGCGAGCCCCCGCGGAGCUGCACUGUGCCUGCCGUUACAAUUCGAGGGCUCGUGGCUGAUAAGAUGUCUGUGCGUCUUAACUCGCUGGUACAUCAGCAGUCAGCAACAUGGCUCCCUCUCACUGCACUCAUGCUGAGCAAACAAGCCUGACCUCUGCACAACACCCACAACUACAGGGUGAAGUGACAGUUAUUACACAUGACUCCAGCGAGCGAUGAUCUGGAGUACAUUCAAACAGCAGUUUGCAUGGCCUUGGACAGAUGCACAAAGUUUGGGAGUGAUAUCGCCAAACACAUUGACUGAUUGGGACUGAAUAACACUAUUGUCCUGACAUUUUCUACACCAUUUCACAUUUAUGCUCUUCUAGAUUUUCCAGUUCUGCGAGGAAGUUAAUUGUAAACCUCUUGUCUGGUUUUUACUUGGCUCGUGUGAAACAGUCCAGUUAAUCCACUGAUUUCCGUAUUUCUGGUGCAAGUGAUGUAAGAUUAGAGCCACAGCUGGCAGCAAGACGUGUGUUGCUGUAACUGCUUUGAAGCCAUUUGUCAUUGGAUUUUUGAGCAUAGCUUGACCUUAGACCGUUGCUGUGUUAUUUUGUUUGUCAUUGUGAAGUGCGUUCGGAACAGGAUUUAGAACCUGCUUGACUGAAAACAAAGUAAUUAGACCACAGUCACAUGUUGAAACAGCCUCCAUAUGACGAGAAAACAAUAGUAAUAAUGAAGAUGAAGAAAGACUGAACAUGAAAUAUCUUAUUCAGCGUUAUUUUAAAUCUUAUUGACACAAAACAAUAACAAAACAGGGGAAUCUCUGCCAGUGAACGUCGGCCGAAUGUGUAGAUUUGCUUGCAGUUUCAUUUCUUUCUUGAAUUUUUCCACAUGACUCACAAAAACUUGGGUUGGCACAUGCCUUAACCAGGGAAUCAAGUUAUUCAGAGUUUCAUUCUGUCAUGAUUUUCUUUGAGUUCUACGGUAACCUAAUGCUGCCACACCAGAAAAAGAAAAAUGGAGAUCCUAAGAUCCUAUGACGUGUAGAGAUAAUUCUUAGGAGAUGUUUUACAUGAUUACAGAUAUUGUCACAGUAUUAAACAUUCACAAAAAUGUCUUGUUUUUUUAUAUUAUCUAUAUAUAUAUAUUAUAUUUUAUCUAUUUAUUAUAUAAUUUACAAGGCUUCAUGUUAUAAUGUGACAACUCAUUGAUAAAACAUGAAACGUAUUACGUCAUAACAUCGUCUUUUGCCUUUUGUUAAAAUAUGUAUCCAGUUAAUUUCCCAGUCAGUACAUUCUAAUCAAAUUUAGUGUAAACAUGCUGGAUUUAGCCAAUAAGCUAGUUCUUUUUCAUCUGUAGUACCUGGCCAGGUGUAAAGUUGGCAACCUAAAAUCAAGGAACAAGUUUAAAACAAUCACAUAUCACACUGUAACUAGAUAAAUAGUAUAUAGUUACAGAAACAAAUGUUUAUUCUUACAAUAUGAUACGUUUGUAUUUUGUGAAAAAGUGAAAAUAUCUUUUCAUAGUGUGAAAACAUCCUGUUUAGAACAAUAAACCAUUCAGGUUAUGACUUAACGGAUGACUGUAAAGUUGCAUGUUUCCUCUUUUUUAUCAUAAACUUCCGCAGACUUCUCUUUAUUACAGUGAGAUAAGCUUUUACUUCAUUCCCACAUCAUAAUUUGUGUCUUCACGAACAGCUGUUUGGGUGUUGCAGCGGGGUGGAUCGAGCAGGAUGACUCUCUGGCCAUCUAACACAAUGACAGUCCGCUGGCAACGAGUUAACUGCCAUCACAUCUAUCAGUGUGUCCCUGUGCUUCACCCUGACGACACUUUAAAUCUCCACACUGGUCCGAAUUACAGGGCAGCACUGACAUUCUCACACUCUCCGGGCACUUUUCUUUUGUGAGUCCUUAGCAGUAUCAACAACUUUUCGCUGAUGAGACAAUAGCAGAUAGUUCCAUUUAAUGCGGGAGGGGCCAUUCGCCCGCUUGGGAGGGGUGUCUGGAAACUACCACAACACACACCUAGCCGUCAGGGCGACAUUUUAAUGGUGGCGGUCGCCGCGUUCACAGUCCGACACCUGGCUGUAUGUGUCUGAUUGAAAAACAAAACCCAAACCGAUCGAGGACACGCAAAGAUUCCCGGAGAGGACUCCCUGCGCACCCCCGCGGGACGGAAUGGACUCGCCCUACUCAAUCAUGCACUUCAGCAUACACUGCAAAGAGCAUGCUUUCACCUUUAGGAUUGUCUGCGCUUCUUGAAGUCACCCUGGAUUACUCUUUUGGAUCACGCAGGUGAAUGGUAUACAGUGCAUGGAGGCCGACGCCAAUGCUAUAUGACCUGGAAGCUGCUAAUGUGCUUAAAAACGGAGGACAAUGGAGAGAAGCCAGUAAAAUAAAGACAAGAAGUGUGGUAGAUUAGCUACCCUGAUGAAAAGACCACUCAAAACUGCUGUCCACUGACUCUACGGUGACCUGGGACUGAGCGUAAACCUCCACAUCAUUUUUGACAAGAGAUUCUUAAAGCUCAGCCUGAAUGAGCUUACAUUUUACCACAUGUGUCUAAAUAAAUGACAAAGCAACGUACAUUGCCUUCUACAGUGCCAGUGGCAGGCAGAUAGUUUGAGCCACUUAUUCACUGACAGUGCUAGAUGAAGAUGGAUAGAUGGUGUUGCGCCCAGUAACUGGAGAGUGCUAAAUGAGCUGCUGUGUAAGCAGCUUGAUCUCUGGAUGAUUGAAGACAGAUAGCAUUUUAACUGACCAACAAAGGCCCACUAGACUUCCCUAGAUGUGCAACUGCAGAUAGCAGUAGUUUCAAGUUUUAUUGAGCUUGCGAAAGGCCAGAUAGACCGGGUAAUUCUGUUCGUGCAAUGAAUCCUAGAGACAGUGUGGAGAUGAUGGAGACCCAGGCGGUAGGUCAGAAAGAAAAGCUAAUUGGAGACGAGGCCAACCCUGGAAAUGAGGUUGAGGGUGAAGAUGAUAAAAUCCCCGGGGCAUUUGACUGCAACAUCUGUGGACGCAGCUUCCCAUUCCUCAGCUCUUUCUCGCAGCAUAUGAGACGCCACACAGGUGCACGCCCAUACAAAUGCCCCUAUUGUGACCACAGGGCUUCUCAGAAGGGCAACCUCAAAGUUCACAUUCGCAGCCACAAACUUGGCACGCUCUCUAGCCAUCACUCCAAUGAUGAUGAAGAGGGUGGGGCAGAGGAGGAGGAGAUGAGUGUUUCAGAGGGUCUCGAUGGAGGUACAAGUCCAACCAAGAGCAGCUCAGCAUGUAACCGGGUGAUCAAUGGGGAUAGUGGUGAGGAGAGUCGGAGGAAAGUGCCUGGGAGGAGCAUGAAGAGAGAGAAGUCUUUUACUGACCAGAGGCCUUACUGUUGCCGUCUGUGUGGUUACGAGGCUUUGCGAGAGGACCAGCUCCUCAGCCACAUUGAAAAGGUCCACAUAACUGCAGACACAGAGGAUGACACCACUGUUAAGGAAGAGGCUGUCACCGAAGCUGAAGCCCCCCAACCCCAGUUGAGCGAUGGGACCUUCCCAUGUGAGACCUGUGGCCAAGUCUUUACCCAGGCCUGGUUUCUGAAGUCACACAUGAAGAAACACGCAGGGAUCUUGGACCACUGCUGUCGUAUCUGUGGACGACGGUUCCGUGAAGCUUGGUUUCUCAAAUCGCACAUGAAAACACACAACACCAAGUCCAGGUCAAGAUCAAAAGUGGAUUCAGCUGAGCAUCCAGCCACCAUCAAUGAUGUAGCCCAGGAUCCUGAGACUGUCACCUGCACUCCUACAUCCACCUAUCAAAUGUGUUCCAAAUGUGGGAACCUGUUCCACAACAGAGACAGCCUGAGGGCCCAUGAAAAAGUCCACAGUGUCAGCUUUGGCAGGAAAUCCCAAAACCAAUCUAGACUCUGUGAUGAUGAGGACUCACCUGCUGCUAAGAGACGUUACCUUGACUACUUAAACCUCCAACCUGUUGGGGAAAAGACGCUGGACGAAGAGGAGGAGCUUGAGAAGAAGAUGCUAGGUCAAAGAAUCCCAGAGCUAGAUCCAGUUUGCAGCUACCAGGCCUGGCAAUUAGCUACUAAAGGAAGGGUUGUGGAGCCAGUUGAGCCAAGUUACAAGGCCUCCUAUGGGGGAGGAAGUAUGGGGGAGGAGGCCCUUGCUGAAGCAGCUGUGGUUUUCGAGAAGGAGAGCAGCCGUUAUGUUCUGCAAGGUCAAGAAAAACGCAGCUCAGGGCGACGCAGCAGCUCAGGUUUGGGAAGCCAGGCUUCUUCAGGAGACCGGACACCAGAGAGCCUCAGUGACUCAGAGUACCGGCCUUCGUCUCGCCAGGACAGGCGGCGAUCGUCGCAGUCGCAAGCUCCCUCCAAGUCCAACGAGUGCUUCGAGUGCGGGAAGGUGUUCCGCAGUCGUCACCAGAUGAUUGUCCACCAGCGGGUCCACAGAAAGGAUGGAGGUAGGGCAUCUGUGGGAGACAAGGAGAGAAAUCCAAGAGAAGACCGAUGGGGCUCGACCAGUGAUCCAGAGUCAGUCUCCCCUAGCCGGCCCAGCACCCCAGGGUAUGGAGACUCUCCACCAGCCUCAGCCCUUGGAGACCAGGCCUCAGAGAUGGGAACUGCAAACUCUGGAGCGAUAUCAGAUGACAAACCCUACAUCUGCAGCCUUUGCGACUUUGUCACCGCAGAGUUGAAGACCUAUUUGACUCAUGUACGUGUCCAACACCCGGCUGCCCCUGAAGAUAGACCCAGUCCCAUUCCCAGCCCCAGCUCCAGCUCCAGUGCUGACAGGGGCACCCCCAGUGGUUAUCCCAAGUUGAAGAAAGCCCUUCUCCAGGGGCUGAACAGCUCUGCGUCCCCUCCUGCUUACCGUUCGGCUCGCUCCUCCCCACUUGAUCCAAGCAUGACCCCUGUGGAUCUGUGCAUUAGAUCUGAGGGCUGCAGGGGUGUAGUCUCCUUCAGCCUUGACAGGAAGAGCCUCCCCAGCCACAAGUGCUCCUUUUGCUCUCACUCCACCCGCUACCCAGAGGUGCUCUGGAUGCACCAGACUGUGGCUCACCGCAUCAACAGCAGUAGCUCCAAUCUUGCUCCUAAAUGGGCCCUGAAGAACAGUUCCAAGAGCUCCAGGGACAGCUUACUAUCCUCAAGGAGACGCACUGGUCCCCCGCCGGUUCUGGAGGGAAAGGAGUGUCCACCGCUGCCUCCACUGAUGCGGGCUCAACGCACCCGGCCCCCGACCAACCCCAGCGAGGUUAUUAAGAAGAACAAGCCAGCGAGCCAUGCAGCCAUACCAUCAUCAUCCUCCUCUACUCCCUCCUCGUCAUUCUCCAGGGGCUCUUCAUCAACCUCAGGCAACCAAGCUGGGAGAGUCCCUGUCCGGCCGAGCAGCAGCAGCACCAGCAGCAGCACCAGCAGCAGCAGCAGUGUCAGACCCGUGGAGGACCAGAGUCAGCAGCCCCGCUUCAGACCCAAAGCAGAUAUUUACCCCCGGGGAGGCUCAUUGUCUUCCUCCAGCUCCUUGGAGAAGAGCAGUGCCCUCUCACGUUCCUCAGCCCCAAGCCCCACCUCUGCUACAGCAUCCCGGAUCACUGACCGCUACAUGAUGCCACAAGAGGGCCUGGGCUUCAUGCUGUCCAGCAAACACGGCCUCGCAGAGUACAGCCGAGCUCGGGGUUCCCCUCAUCAGUCGCUCCCCAACUCCCACAGCCAGAGCCGGGCUAACGCUACGAGGCCCAGCGCCAUCACCCACAGCUCCACAGCAGGACUCAACUACGGAGCCUCCCAGGCACAUGGAGGCACUCUGCUGAAUUCCUCUCCCUCCUCUUCUUCUUUGCCUUCAGAGGCCCAUGGAGAGGCGAAGCAGGAGCCAAUCGCAGAGACGCCGGAGAUGCCAUCAGACAUCCUCAGCUUCCUCAAAAACUACAGCCCCCAUGAAGUGGCUAACCUCUAUCACCGCUGGGGUGCUGCCAAUGCAGUGCUGGAUCCCACAGCGAUGCUGAGGUCUCUCAUGCGGCAUGGACUGUAUUUCUGUCAUGAGUGCGGGAAGAGUUUCAAUCAGCCCAGCCACCUGCGCACCCACAUGAGAUCCCAUACAGGGGAGAGGCCAUUCUGCUGCCAGCUCUGCCCAUACCGAGCCUCUCAGAAAGGGAACCUAAAGACGCACGUCCAGAGUGUCCACCAUAUGCCUUUUGACAACAGCCAGUACCCGGACACGAGGGGCUUGUUGCUGAGCCAGGAGGAGAGAGGAGCGCCGGCUGCCAAACACCCGCCGACGCCACAACAACAACAACAACAACAACAACAACAAUAACAACAACAACAACAGUAGACCGGGAUCUGGACUCGGACCAGGCUAGUCGGGGAAAUCAGACAACCUGAAAAAAGAGAAAAACUACUCAAUUCAAGAGGACUGGGAGCCGGACUCGCGCUCGACCUUUUGAGCCUCUCCUUGCCACCUAUCAUCCUUUAAUGAAAAAAAACAUUGUACGUUGAAGGCUCUUGUUGUUGUUUUCUUUCUUCUUAGCUAGUGCAGCUGUGCUAGGCAGUUUUAACACCACGCAACGGGGGCUGCAGUGGAAAAGAGUCUUGUGUGUAAAUAGAGAGAAGAUCUGGGUGAAAUUCAGGUGUCAGGGAGGCCGUGAGAAGCUGACGAUCGCUCUUUUGCUUCUCUUGCCUCCUCAAUCACAGGGGUCGGCGAGAAUAUUCAGCAGAUUGCGUGUAGUUUACAUCACCUUAAAUGAUCCGAUCCCUCAACAUUCAAUGAGCUGCCUCUUGCUGCCAUUUUGGAGGUACUGACGAGUGAAGUUGCCUAGUGCAGCUAGUGCGAUGUAAAAGCAAAGUUUUUUUUUAAAUUUUUUUUUCAAUGAAAAGAAGCGGAUCAACUGAACUUUAAUGCUAGCGUUUGAAUCAAGGACUGUGGCAUUGCAUGGUUGCUGUAGUCGACCCCCCCCCCCCCCGUUUUUGUUGCAAGCUUUGUUGUAUAAGAGUUUGUGCAUUCCUCAGGACACCCAUCAUCAGAGAUGAGAUGAGAGGGACGACACUCUGCGAUUCAUCAACAGUCAGCUGACAGGGUGCGAGUUUGUUUCCUCUGGGUUGUGAAGAUGAAGACUUGCAUCUGUGUGUGUGUGUGUGUGUGUGUGUGUGUGUGUGUGUGUGUGUGCGUGCUAAACUCACUUCCCUCCACUCUUGAGUGUGAUGUUCGCAGUGCAGUGACCACUCUGAGGCGGUGCAGCUGAUGAUUAGAAGGAGAGAGAGAGAGAGAGAGAGAGAGAGAGAGAGAGACGGCUAAUGGGGGUGUCUGCUUUAGUGCUCAUUAAAAAGAGUGCACGUUUUUAAUAGCCAAUAUAAACGAGCGUACCGUUUUUAUGGCCAUUCAAUUAUUGUCCAUUUAAGACGAAGGGACUGAGUGGAGGCAGUUUUCCUCCAUAACUCCUUCAUAUUAGAGAGUGUUUCUGACACCUCUGACUUUGAAUCAGACUGACUCCAAAACAGUGGGAAUGACGGGGCAAGGUGGUUGCUCAGCAGAGGAGGCUCCAGCUUCAACUGCAAAAGAGAAUAUGGUACUGCUGGUGUUGGCCUGCCUGGAUGCAUCUUACUUUAUAUCGCUGAGGGACAACUCUGUCUUGAGUAUAUGAUAAAAACAUUGGUACCGUACUUAACCAGAUGCACUUUCUAUCCACCCCUAUAUCGCCCCCUUGAUACCUUGCACACAUUAGGGGUGCAAAUUAUGACUUCUGGAGCCAGGGUUUUCCAUGGUGCCAGGGCGCUAAUGCUCCUUUUUAGAGCGAUCAGUACGGUGUAUCAUUCAUUUGCGAAGACCCCCUUCUGCAAAUUUAGCGAGUGAAUGCAAGUAACACUGUUACUGUUAGUGCAUCAUUUAGUAAUGAUCAUUUGUUGCCAGUCUCGGGGUUAGGUAAGUAAAAGGUUUAACCUGAUGACCCUCUAACGAUUACUCAAAUUAGACCAUUUGAGAAGUGGUGUCUGGAGCCAGGUUAAUUGUUUUACCCCAGUUUCCACUCUUUGUGGCUAGCUAAGCUAACGAGCUGCUAGCUGUAGCUUCAUGUUUAACAUACAGACACGAGAGCUGUAUCAAUCAUUCCAUCUUACUCUCGAGAAGAACGUGAAUAAACUUAAUUCCCCAAAUUCCCCAAACCAAUCCUUUAAAACUGGCGGGAUACUCAGAGUCAGGCUAGCUGUUUUCCCAUGUUUCUCAUGUGGUUGUUAGCGCUAGCCUCAUGACAAACUCAGUUCCCAAAAUUCCCUUAACUGUCGCUUUAAAACUGUUCCGGAACUGGCUGUCUUCCCCUGUUUCCAGUCACUGUGCCAAGCUAAGUUAACAAACUGCCUGCUGUAGCCUCAUUUUUAAUAGACGGACACGAGAGUGACAUACAUUUUCUCAUCUAACUCCCUGCAAGAAAGUGAAUAUACUUAAUUCCCCAAAGUUCCCUGAACUGUUUCUUUAAAACUGGGAGGAAAUUCAGAGCCGGGCUAGCUGUUGUCCCAUUUUUCGGGUCUUUGUGCUAAACUAACCUAAGUUUUGUUAGCCCCGUGAAAAACUUAAAUACCCAAAUUUCCCAACCUUUGAAACUGUCAGGUUUGAAAAAGACAUAUGUUUCAACAUUGUCCACAUUAUUUUAGAACGCACGUCCCGAACAUAACUAAUAUAAGAGAUCUCAUGUUUGUUUCCAAAAACAUUUAAGCAGACUAAUCGGUCAAACUCCCAUGCUGUCAGUCUAAAUUCUUUUAUAGAUGAUGGUGAAGAUUGGCAUUCUGGGAGAGAAGGGUGAGGAGGUCAGAGAGAGAAAGAGAGUGCAACCGGAGGUCUGGAGGUCAGGCUUCCAGAGAGUUCAGGCCUGAAUACAUGAGAUGGAAACAUUUCAGAGCCGACUGAAUUCAUAGAGCCGUCACAGCCUUAACACAGGUGUGUGUGUGUGUGUGUGUGUGUGAGAGAGAGAGAGAGAGCUCGUGCAUUCAUUCGUUUUGUGCGCGCGCGUGUGUGUGCGUGCAUUCGUUAUGAAACCUCUCCAUACUGCAUAAAGAGGUUGACUAACUUCUGUGUGCUCCGGCCUCCUUCUGGAUGCCUUGUGCACCGGGCUACCUCCUUUUGCAAUGAAAGCCUGAUUGAAGUUUAUUGGCUGGUAUGAAGCGGGGACUGUUCCGUGCAGGGAGGGGAUGUUUUCUUUGUGUCCUGGCCUUGGUGUUUUUUUGUUUUUUUUUGUCUUCUCUGCAAUUGAAAAAAAAAAAAAGCCACGUCGGGGUUGGGGGGGAAGAAUAAAACAAAAGGCAAAGGUAGUUCAAAGCAUCUGCGGCUGUGGAUUUUGUUUUUUUUUUUUUGCAGAGACACUCCCGUGCACAUAAGAUCAGAAUCCAAAGCGGUUAAAGACUACGGAGCAUUCAGAGUACUGUACUUCCCAUCUAUUUGGAGACCUCAGUAGUUCUUACGUGACGAUGAAAUGGUUGAUACAUCAGUGGGCCGUCGAGUUUUGCAUACGAUACCGUGCGCUUGAAUAUGCCUAAUAUGACACGAGUGUGUAUAUUGAAGGUGUGGGUAGUGAAAAUACUUGAAACGGAUACUCUAGCCUUUGAGGUAGUGUAGUACUAAUACCAAUGUUGUACAGAAUUCCCUUUAAGAUUAACUCCUCAGUUAUGAAUUUGUACUCCGAAGUGUGACUUAGAAAAAAAACAACAAUUAUGAAGCAGGAGUGAGUGUAUGUAAUAUAAAGUGUAUAUCUGUAAUCCACUCUUACCAAACCCUUAUAUACAGCAGUAGAAACCAAAUGGCAUUACUAGUGCACUUAGACUAGGUUACUGCUUUAACUGUUCUCAUUUUGUCCAGUUCUUGCUAAGGUUUCUUUGAGAAUGUCUUUUUAAUGGUGCCGGCUAACACACUUCAAUGUCAGCUCUGGUUUAGAGGUUAUUUUUUUCUGUUAGUGUAAUUCCAUAUGUUUUUAAAGACAAAUGAUUUGUUCUGUGGCGGCUGUGUUUAUCCUCACGGAAAGUUUGAUAAUGCUAGGUGCAGCAGUGCUUAUUAUUAUUAUUAUUUUUUUUCAUAAAGAUGUAAGAGUGUGUUUUUAGUCUUUCUCUUUGCUAAACUGUAGGAUUUGUUCAGUAGCUAGUCUCGGCUGCCCUCCCAGAGGGGCUGGCAGGUGUUUUUUUUUUCUCUCUCUCUUUGGUUGGGUUUUUAUCAUGCCUCUUAAGUUGUAUUAUUUGUGUCCGUAUUUUUAUUAUUUUUUUUUUUUCCUCGUUCUGAACUUCAUGAUUAAUUUACCUUAGAAGACAUUAUUAUUCCAAAUGUAUUUGGUUGAUAUCUGUAUUUAUUAUCACUUCAAAAAGGAUAAGAGGACAGAGGCAGACAGGAGCGUUUGUUUAAUUUGAUUUUUUUUUUUUUUCUGGGUUGUUUUUGUUUUUAUACUGUGUAGUUUUCAUGCCAGCAAGCCGAUGUGAAAGCUCUACCUCGUCUGAGCCAUUCUCAGUUCUGUUACACUUUUGUACAUCAUUUCAAAAAGAUGUAAUGUCAUGUCCACAAUAAAGACACACAA